CGAACAAUUUGUGUAGUUUGCUUUGAAAUUAAUUCCAAAUGACAUUAGAAAUUGUUUCGUGUGAGACACGUCUUGAAAACUGAAAACACACACAAAACAUUCAAUUCAAUGAUGAUCCAAAGCGAAGAUCAGGAAAUCGAUCGAGCCCUCGAACUCUGCCAACUGAUACGCAACGAUCUGCUGAAGUGUGUGGGAAUAGUGCAGCGUUUGGAUCGCAAAUACAAUGAACCGAAUCGCUAUCGAAUUGAUGUAAAACCCUUUCACCUGGAUCCCAUGCUUGGUCGACCGAAUUCGCCCUCGUUAUCGAGUCUUGGUUUGGCGCGAUCGACGAAAGUUUCAGGAUCGUUGCUGAGUCUGGUGAGUUGUGCCGAAGUGAAGCAAGAGGGACGCACCUCAAAUGAGUUGAACGCCAUCUUUGUGGAUCUGAACAGCAAGUGCAUUAAGCUGCGACGCGAAUUGGAGGCCACCACGGCGCAUGCGCAACGUAUUAUGAAUUGCAGCUUGCGACAAGAUCGUGUGCAACAUCGAAUGCUGAUGGGGCCGCAGUCAUCGAAGACAUUGAUAUGCAGGCAUUGGGGAAAUAAUUCGUCAUCUCCCAAGACUAUGAGUAGUGGCAUUAAACGAUCCUUUCGCAUAAAUGAAUAGAAAUGAUGAAACAACCACAAAAACAACAACAGCAACAGCAACAGCAACAAGCGUAAACGAAACAAACAAAAAAAGUUGAGAAAAAUAAUAAGAAUAUAAACCCUAAAACAAUAGAAGUACAAGUACGAUGAAAGUGAAGCAAUUCUACGGAAUCGUUUUGACAAUUUCGAGUGUUAAUCGACAUUUUGCUGUUCCUAACGUUACUUCCCUUCAUUAUACCCCUCACACACACAAACACACAGUGAACAGGACAAAGUCAAAGUCAAAGGAGCGAAGAAAGAGUAUCGUGGCACUUUUCAGCUUUUAUUAAAAAUUACUGUCACCAUUAAGUGAGCGUCAACUUUGGCCAACUUACCAAAACUCAUUUGACUUGACAUGAAAAUGAGGCAAACUUUUCUCACAUCGCCUGUCGCCCCCGCCGUCCCCGCCGCCUGUCGUGAGUGACAAGACAACAGCCGAAGCAGACGACGUCGACACAACAUGAUGUUGCAUGUAACAUCAGCGCAAGUUCUUUUCCACCGUGUUGUUCUCUCCUGGCAAUGAACAAUAAUGAUGCUAAUGAUGAUCAUCAGCGAGCAAAAGACGAUGAAGAAGAAGAAGAACAUCAUAACAACUAUGCGACAUGUUUAUGGCCCCGACAAUGGAAGAUACAAAUACUGAGAGUGAGACUGAGUCAGAGACUGAGACCGAGAGCAGAUGAAAUAUGAAGAAAAACAUGAGAAAUUGCCAACACAAAAGUUGCCGAGAUAAUGUAAUGCAAAAGUGGCCAAGGCCCAGGAUGUAACUUUUGUAUAACAUUCCCAACUUAGUUCAUUUUGCUUCCUCGUUUCUCGUUUCUAUCUUUUCUCUUUUUAAAGCCUCCUUGCCACUCAAAAGAAAUAUACAUAGAUGUGUGUGUUUGUGUGUGUGAUUUUAUGUACGCUCGACUUGAAACAUUUUUCUUAAAAAAAAAAAAAAAUA